ACCUAUUGAAGGGCACUGAACCAUGUUGACACUCAAAUCUGGAACGAAGCCCGGCGAUAAUCCCUCCAAAACUAAGAAGGAUCUUAUCAACUGCCCUGUGUGUGGAAAAGACAUAUCCGAAUGUUUUGCAAUGGUUAUUUUCGCCUUUACGAGUACAUUACCUCUCUCACGGAAAGCUUUCGAAUGGUCCACGUAAACCAGUGUCUUGUAGAUUCCGAAUCGAAAAAAACGAAACGAAACCUCGUUAGUCAGUAUUUCACAAAGUCUGUGAGCUCGUCGGAUGCCACAGAAUCGGAUUCUCAAAUGAGCUUAUCUCCACUGUCGUCCAGUUCCGUGAAAAAGAUAAAGACUAAGAAAUGGCAAUCGGUUCCUCAGCGACAGAAUCCGAGUGCGCGAAUCCCGCACACGCUUUUCCUUCGUGAUUUUUUUAGGUCUGGUUGCUCGGUGUUUUUCUCUCAUUUUCACACGGACCACAUGCAAGGACUUACCAAGAAGUUUAUUGGCGAUAUAUUCGCCACCCCCACAACAUGCAAUCUAGUAGCCAACAAAUUUCAAAUCGAUAGACACCAUUUACAUCCUCUCCGCAUCGGAGAACAUUACUACCUUACAAACUGCAAGACGCAGCACAUUCCAGCCGUGAUGGAAUGGAUCCAUCGCGAGGACCCUUCCUACCCUCUCAAUUCGACCAGCCUUAUCCUCAACGAAAACGUAAGCGACUCCGCCCUCCAAACGCGACUUGUUCGAGUCGAUGUCAUUGAUGCGAAUCAUUGUCCCGGCUCCUGCAUGUUUUUGUUUUCUCUGUUUGAUUGGAACGAAACAACCGACCCCCACAAACCAUCCUUCCAUUUAUUCUACCGCGUUCUCUACACUGGCGACUUCCGAUUCGAGUCGCGAAUGCUGGACGACGGGAUUUUGCGUCGAUUCAGCGAUAACCGCGGGGAGAGCCUCGAUCUCCUGAUGGUGGACAACACGUACAACAACGAGGCGUACAAUUUCCCGCGGCAACAGUGCGUGGUGAACACGGCAGCGUGGGUUUUGGACCGAUUUUGGCGGGAUGGAUUGCACCGCGGAUCGGAUUUGGUGGUGCUGAUCGAGUCGUAUUCCGUGGGGAAGGAGAACUUGUGGCUGCAUCUGGCGAAGACGUUCGACCUCCCCAGCGUGAGAAAAAGGGAGCGGAAGGCGCGGAUCGCGUGCUACGAGGAGUUUGAGAGCGUUUAUAAGCAGCAUAUCACCACAGAGAAGACGGACACGCCAUUGUGGGUGGGGAUGGCGAGGGGCAAGCUCUUCCGAGAUCCGGCGGAGACGGCGCAGUUUCAGAGGGUCGUCGUGUUGAGUCCCACAGGGUGGACGUGGGAGGAGGUGUCCAAGAAGAAGAAGCCGGACGAUCCGGAGCUUUGCGCGUAUUCGUUUCGGAGGAAGGGGAAUCGGAUUACGAUUGGAUUGCCGUACAGUGAGCAUAGUUCGUGUGAUGAAUUGGACGAGUUUUUGGAGAGAUUGAACUAUAAGGAGAUCGAGUUUAUUGUAUAAGGGAGAGAAAAGAAUUUUGGGUUGUUAAGUAUGGAAAGUGUCGAGA